CAUGUAUUCUACCCAACCUCUCCAAAGAACAGAUGUACCGUGGAGAGAUCCCAACAACUGGAUGGGAAGUUCAGAAUUGGAAAAGCCAAGGGCAAUUGAGCUAGACAGAAUGAUCAAUGAAAUAAUAAGGGUAAUCAAAGUAUACGGCGUGUUGUACUUUGGCACUGAAGAGACAUUAAACAAUUUGGUUGAUGUCAAAAUUCUUCAAUCAGGGGAAAAUAACAUCCACGAAUAUCUUAAAGAUGAUAUUGAUCUUAGGCUGACAUACCAAUCAGAAAGCACUGAUAGGGAAGUCAGUGUAGAAAUGGGAAAUUCUCCAGGCAUUCACGAAUAG